GUAUACGUCAUCAGUGCGCGACGUAGCGUGCAGGACUGAAGGACGCCGAAAAGAAGCUUGAGAUGAAAUGAGUCAAUUAUAAAGCUCUGUCAGCAGGACGCUGUUAUGAUGGCGGUUUCGUGUCUAACUCGAGCUCUGCGCUCCCUGACCCUCUCCCAGCCUGCUCUGCUCUCCUCGCAGGCAGUUGCCCAGACUAAACUGGGAACCCAGGUGUCCAGUGCAGUCGGACAGUGCAGAGGCUUCCUCACCACAGCCUCUCUGGAGCAGAACAGGACGUUUUGGAAGCAGAGGGAGAAGUACACCAUCAGGCCCAUAGGAAUGAAAAAGACAGGAGGCCGAGAUCACUCAGGAAGGAUACGGACACAUGGCAUUGGCGGUGGCCAUAAACAGAAAUACCGGUGGAUAGACUUUCAGCGCCUGCGCUAUGAACCAAACAAAGAGGACCAGCCCUUUGAAGAGAAGGUUGUUGAAGUGCGAUACGACCCAUGCAGGUCUGCUGACAUUGCCCUGGUAGCUGGAGGCAACCGGAAAAGAUGGAUUAUAGCUACAGAGAACAUGCAGGCUGGAGAUGUCAUUAAAACAUCUGGAGUGAUUGGACGCAUGGCAGUCUCAGCCAAUGAGGGUGAUGCUUUCCCACUGGGAGCCCUUCCUGUGGGGACACUGGUAAACAACCUAGAGAUACUACCAGGGAAGGGAUCAGAGUACAUUCGUGCUGCAGGUACAAGUGGUGUUUUGCUCCGUAAAGUAAAUGGAACAGCGAUCAUUCAGCUUCCUUCCAAGCAGCAGGUUCAGGUACUGGAGACCUGCAUGGUAACGGUGGGACGCGUGUCCAACAUUGACCACAACAAACGGAUCAUUGGCAAAGCUGGUCGCAAUCGCUGGCUUGGCAUUCGCCCCUCGAGCGGCUUGUGGCAGAGAAAGGGAGGGUGGGCAGGACGCAAGAUUAAACCGCUCCCUCCGAUGAAGAGUUACGUCAACCUGCCCUCAAUCUCUGCUAAAUAACACAAGUCUGGACGUGUUUGGGACUGGAGAUUGCUGUAUCUUGCUUAUAAUCAUCUCGUAUUAUUAUUUUUGGUUCUCACGAUGAAAACAAAUCAAUUGUUCGGAGAGAAUACAUGAAUAAAGACAAGCCCUUUGUACAGAA